GUUCGGCGAGAUGCUCAGAAGUGCCAGCUUGAGCUUUGCGGAAGGCCCGAGCAGGUGGUUGAAGCGGAGCAGUUCGCGGAAGAGACUGUCCGGUGCGGCUUUGACGAGCCCCCUGGCCCGACCGAUCACUUGACCUGUGCAGGGUCAUCGCAGCCGGCCGCCCUCGCCUCUGCCGCCACCACCAGGUGUGCCAAGCCCGGGCGCGAUGGGCGCGUCAACGCUCAGCAGGCCGCCUUCCCCCGCGCCAGGCAUUGCAACUCGAGCGCAGGCGCCGGUUGCUUCGCCAUGGACGAGUCCGGUGCUGCUGCCGCGUCCUGGCUUUGCGGGGCAUGCGACUCAGAGACGUGCGGGCUUUUCAACUGGCCCCUCGGCUGUGACUGCCUAGGUUCCCCCCAUGCAGUUCCAUCGUUGAGAAGAGGUGGCGAUCUUCCAUCGAGACCUGAGGUCUGCGAAGACCUCUUAGGUCUGGACAUCGCAGGAUUCGUGCGGGACAUGACCUUCCAGGACCGACAGAGGCUGCACCGCUUCUUGUUUGAUGGCCCUGCAGUACAAGCGAAGACUAUUCUCGGCAGCUUGCACUGGCUCAACGGCUCGAGCAUCGCCUCCACCUGGAACUUCCCAUUGUGGGAGCAAUAUUGUUGUAGAUGCAUUAUGGUCUAUGCCCGCGCGCUGCAACACGCGGAUUCGGAUGACGCUCUUGAUGACAGGCCCUUUGAAGAGGACCAUCCGGGAAUGGUGCUGGAUGGCAUGCUUCUGGAGGAUCUCAUUCCGAGCGAAGCCUCCGAAGGAUGUGGAGACGGCGACAAGGAGGCUGUUGAUGAGAACGUGAGGGAAGCUUUACAGGGCGCCUCCAACGGACGCGAAGACUUGGUGAUCCAGUGGCGGGAGGUGUGCAGGCCACGAAGAGCUGGUGCCGUAGCGGCCCAGCCCAGAGGUGCCCGAAAAGAUUUCGCUGCUCUUUUUGAAGAAUGGCUGAAGGUGCGUGAUCUUCAGGGCGUCUUGGUCGAAGCAGGCUACGAGAAGGGGUGGAAGGUUUACCAGUACACCAAGGAUCCAGUCGUGAAGAGCCAGCCUACAUGGGAGACAGCUUUUCAUGGAACUUGGUGGUACUCUGUGUGGUCAGUCUUGGAUUCGGGGGUUUUCCUGGAGUCCAAUGACCGAGACAAGGGACACGACUUCUGGGAACCCGGAGUGUACUGCUCACCGAACCUCUCCACGGCCCGCUGGUACGCGCGGCCGCAGAUCCUCUUCGGCGACAAAGUAUAUCACCGAGUGAUCUUCGAGCUACGGGUAAACACAGAGAAGCGCAUCCGGAACCGGCAGCGCGGUGGCGUGCAGUGGAUAUUCAAGCCGGAUUCGGUGUCCCUGCAGGCCAUUUGGGUGCAGAGGAACGCACCCCCGAAGAAUGGAGAGGAAAGGAUCAACGACUGGGAUCCAUCCCUGGAAGCACGCCCACUUGGCAAAGAACCAGUGCAGCCGAUUGUAAAUCCGCGAACGUGCGAUUGGUCUGAUGCGGAAGAAGACCAAGAAGGCGAAGCAGAGGAGGACGAUGAGGACGAUGUUCCCCCGCACCUGAUGGGCACGAACCAGCCGAGGCAGCCAAUGAAGCUCCCGUCAGCUGUGGCUGUGACCCAGGGUGCCUCAUACUUUGCUCGUUACAAGCAAGGAGCGUCAGCCAGAGUUGCGCCCUACCCAAUCCGGCAAGAGUCCGAAGACAGGACUUCCAGAUUGUCAGCGCGCGGUGCCCCAGGCUUUACGUCUCUUGGCUGGCCUGGUCCUGCGACGACACCGGCUGCCAGGAUGCCGCCACGGCUUCUCGGCUCUGCCCAAGGACUGUGGAACUUGCCGAUAUCUGCAGCGACAGCACGGCCGAGGUCGGAGUCGGAGUGGCCCGGGCCGUGGCCCGCCGAGCGGGUGACUCGGCCUCCGAAGCCAAAGCCCCGGAGGGCGGCGCCCUAUCGUGCAGCCGGGAAUGCCGAGAAUUUUCCAGGAGCUUCGGUCCUCGCGUCGUCCUCCGAGUCCUUUAAGCCAGCCGCCGGCUCCGUGGGUAAGGCCUUCGAGCAGGCUGUGGGAUCUGCCACCAAGUGGACUCGUCUUUGGUGGGCUGUGGUAGCCGCGGUAGCCUGUUCAGGCAUCACGGGCACCAGACCAAGAUCCGACUGA